AUUGGACUACUUUGGUGCCGAAAAAUUGGAGCAAGCCUAUUGUUGUCCGAAGCCCAGAUUAUCUAAAAGCUCUUGAAGAACUAUUUGCAAAAUAUUCAUCACGCGUCGCUCACAACUCAAUUAUUGUACUGUUUACGCUUGCAAUAUUACCACAAGACUAUCCAAAUCCAACGGUAUGCACGCGGGCUACAAUGUGGGCGCUACCUGAUAUAACAUCAGUACUUUUUAUUGCUCAUCAUUCAAAGAACGAUCUGGAAAAAAUUAUAAAAAGGACAGAUCUUAUUUUUAAGUCACUUAAAGCUUACUUGAAGCGAGCACCAUCACUUAAAGGAGCUGCUUUAGUUAAACUUUCAUCACUGCGAAUUCAAUCAGAACUUUGGAGAGGUUUCACGAAUAUUACAACUGCAGCAAAGCGUCUAGAGUCUAUGGAUAUAACAUCUGACAAUUGGUUCGAAAAUAUGUUGAAAAUAUUUGGGAGGAAUAGAGUGGACCCUGAAUUUAUGAGUAUGGACGCAAAUUCACACGAUGCACGCGGUCUUAAAAGGCAUAAUAAGUGCUGCACAGACUAUGAAAUUCCAAGAAGUUAUUUAAGGAUGAUUCGAACAAAUAAGGCAUACGAAAACAAGAGUGUCGAUUAUAAUAAUCAGCAGUGUUGCCAGAACUUUUUGGACGAACCGGCUAAGUUGGCAAAUCAAACCGGCUAA